UCGAUUGGCAUUCUACCCCCAGAAGUACUUGCGUUUCUUGCCGAUUCGAAACGGAGUAUUGUCCCACCCUGUGGCUGAGGAUGACACAUCGGCUGCCAAAUCCCGGCGCCGUGAAAGAAAAAGUUUUGUUUUGGUCGAAAGCAUUGCUCAUUGUCCAGCGCCGAUCGGCUAUUGAAUGAUAAUUAUUUUCGUCCCGAGAACGUGAGUGCGGUAGAAAGUCACUAAAAUGGAUGACGCCGAGCUAGAGGCCAUUCGUCAGCAACGACUACAGCAGAUGCAGGGCUCCAGCGCGGAACAACAAAAAGCACAACAGGAGCAGCGGCAGGCGCAGGAAGAGAUGAAAAAUUCCAUGCUGGCACAGUUGCUGGACCAGGACGCACGGGCUCGACUCAACACACUGAAGCUAAGCAAACCGGAAAAAGCGCAAAUGGUCGAAGGCAUGAUCAUUCGGAUGGCCCAAAUGGGGCAGAUUGGGGGAAAGUUGGAUGACGCCAACCUUGUGAAGCUGCUGGAGAGUCUCAACCAACAGAUGCCGCGCAGCAACUCGACUGUGAAGUUUGACCGACGAAGAGCGGCACUGGAUUCCGACGAUGACGAUGAUUACGGCAUUUGAGCGGAAGGCGGACGAAUGCGAUCGGUGUAUCACUUACCUACGGACGUCUCUCAAUAGAUGGGCCUCAAACGGAUCGGUCAUCAUGCCAUUUGCCUUGCUGUCACAAAUAAACUCAAUACGCUCCCCGCCCGGGGGACGGAAACUUGAAUAAAAAUUAGGAUUUUCUCUUCGGAUUCAU